AGGAGGAGAGGGAGGAGAGAGAGAGAGAGAGCAAAGCUACAUUACACACACUCUCUCUCUCUUUCUCUCUCACACACACAUUCACACACUCUCUCAGUCAGUCAGGCAGGCAGUCAGAGGGUCUGCAGCUCGCGAGGAGCGUCGAGGCUCCGCUUUGGACGUUCUGACGCUUCGGCGCAACGACUUUUUUUAAAACACUUUGUUCGAGUUUUUUGGGCAGAAAAUCUUCGCUUUUCUUCGCAUGGAGCUUUUCUGAGACUGAAGCGCAACUAGAAACAAAGUUACAGAUUUUUUGUUCACAGUUUUUCACAGAGUUUUUGCGGCUUGUGUCAGUGUUUUUGUUUGUUGUUGUGCGGUUUUGGCGUUCAAUCAGUGCGAUUAAUCGAAUUGAUUGAUUGAGUGGGUGUUUGUUUUUUUCUGUCUGAGGAGGAAAUAUACACACGUCGGGAGCUGUGCUGGCUGUGUGUUAGUAGCCUGGAGAAGAAAGAAGUGUGUGUGAGUGUGAGACAGAGUGUGUGAAAAGUCUGAACUCUUUGAAGUUCUUUUUAUUUCUUAAAAAAAAAAAAAAACAGAGAGAGAGAGCGAGAUUGAGACAUUGUAUCUCAAUAUUUCCUCCUCAAACUCAGGGCUUUGUCCCACACACACAUUUUGAUCACACACACAAACACACACACACACACCUUGGGUUCUCCUCCUGUUGCUGCUCCCCGCACGCGCUUCCUUCCCACGUGAAGUUUUCACACAAGUUUAUUCUGUGAUUUUUUUAUUAUUUUUUCUGAGGGGAUUUUUUUUUGGGGGGGACGUUAGCGUGUUAUCAUGCCCCAGCUAGCUGGAGGUGGAGGUGGCGGCGGAGGUGGAGAUCCAGAGCUUUGCGCCACAGAUGAAAUGAUUCCCUUCAAGGACGAAGGAGACCCGCAGAAAGAGCAGAUCUUUGCAGAGAUCAGCCACUCGGAGGAGGAAGGAGAUUUAGCCGAGAUCAAAUCUUCUCUGGUUAACGAAACGGAGGACAGUCCCAACAGCACCGGCCACGAUGGAGUUAGACAGUCCCAAAUAACUCCAGAUUCCUACCACGAAAAACACAGAGAACAUCCAGAUGAUGGAAAGCUUCAGGACCUGUACAGCAAAGGGCAUCCAUACCCCAGUUACCCCAGUUACAUCAUGAUGACCAACAUGAACAACGAACCCUACAUGAACAACGGCUCGCUGUCGCCGCCCAUGCCCAGAACGUCAAAUAAAGUUCCUGUGGUGCAGCCGUCCCAUGCAGUUCACCCCCUCACACCCCUGAUCACCUACAGUGAUGAGCACUUCGCCCCGGGCCCACACUCCGGACACCACCCGCAUGACCUCAACUCCAAACAAGGUAUGCCUAGGCAUCAUUCUGGUCCAGAUAUUCCAAACUUCUACUCUCUCUCUCCCGGAGGAGUUGGACAGAUCACUCCACCACUGGGCUGGUUCUCUCAUCACAUGGUUCCAGGACCUCCUGGACCUCAUGCCACAGGUAUCCCCCAUCCUGCCAUCGUCAACCCGCAGGUCAAGCAUGAACCUCCCCACGAGACUGACCUGAUGCACAUGAAGUCUCAGCACGAGCAGAGAAAGGAGCAGGAGCCCAAGAGGCCCCACAUUAAGAAGCCACUCAACGCCUUCAUGCUCUAUAUGAAAGAGAUGAGAGCCAAUGUGGUGGCCGAGUGCACGCUGAAGGAGAGCGCCGCCAUCAACCAGAUCCUGGGCAGGAGGUGGCAUGCUUUAUCUCGGGAAGAGCAAGCUAAGUAUUAUGAAUUAGCCCGCAAGGAACGGCAGCUCCACAUGCAGUUAUACCCAGGCUGGUCUGCCAGAGACAAUUAUGGAAAGAAGAAGAAGCGGAAGAGGGAGAAGCUCCAGGAGACUGCCCCAGGUACAGCCCAGAGAAUGAAAACGGCGUACAUCUGAGCAAUGGAGGAAAACGCACCACUUUCUCCUCGUGUAAAGCAAAGGCAGCAGCUACGGGGCCCCUUUUGGAGAUGGAAGCCUGCUAGACUCCACCACCUCUGACUCCUCCACGACUCCUCGACCCCCCGCUGACCUCUUGGGGGGGCUCCACCUCUCAGCGUGCUCCUCUGCUGUAGAGACACUGAACUGAAAACAGACAAUCACUACUCGCCAAGACACCGGCACACACUUACACAUACACACACUACACGUGCACCCACACACACACACACAUUCACACACUCACUCUCUCUCUCUCUUAAACCCUCAUAUAAACCAAUAUACAGAUUUUGUUGGCUUUGUUAAUGUUUAAUUUUUGUUGGGCUUGUUUGGUUCUUGCUUCAGAUUUCUCCCAAAGUUCAAGUUCUUGCACUGAUGAUUAUCCGUUCUGGUUAUUUGUAAAACGCACAUCAAUUUCUCACGCGCUCACAGAUAUAUUUACACAAAUACACACACACAUUCACACAGAGAGUGGUUAGAAACUAAUCACACCCUCCACACCUAAAUCCCUAAGUUAUUAUUUUAAGUUAUUGGGCACCCCUGUUUGUUUUCUGUAUGUAUAGUCCAGUCCAGCUCAGUCCAUUCCAAGCACUGUUCCACCCCCCCUUUACUAUGUAGCAAAUCAGGGGGCCAAACACAGUUCUGCAACAUGGAGGGAUCACACGUUGGCUUGGGAACAUUCUCUCAAGACUUUUGAAUUUUUUGGGUUUUUAUUAUUUUUUGUUUCCUUUCAUUAAUUUUUUUGACCAGUUGGUGCAAAAAAGUUCUGCUUUUUUAUUUUAUGAGUUCAAGUUCAAUUUCGAAUGCUUUUGGUUUUGUAUUUUAAGUAUUCCUUUCAUCUCUCGGUGUAUAUUUUAAGUGAUUUUUGUUUUGGUUUUUUUUAUCUUUAUUUUUUAUAAAUAUAUAUAUACUGGUAUAUAUGAGAAUAAGCUUUGAGACAGGAAAGCUGUUUUUUCUUGUUGAAGCAUCUUGCAGAAAAUGACCUUGAAAUGCUUCUUUUUGAUAACUGUUUGUAACUAACAGUGACCUCCCAGUCUUGCUCAGAUGUAAAAUAAUGCUCAGUAUGUGUACUUUCUAAAGAAAUGUCUGGAUAUGUCACUUUUUCGUUUUCUUCCUCUCCUCUGUAUUUUUGCAGGCGACGUGUCAGGGCAGAGGUGUUAGAGUUGGGUACUCAGAGGCCUAUAUUUUAUUGUUGGAAAAUUGACAAAUGAAGCAGAUUAUAUAUAUUUACCCCAGCACUUGCCAGUCUCUUUUUAUCGCAAUGUUCCUCUGUCCUCUCUAUCUGGUAGGUAAUAGUGUGGUCUUUUUUGCCAUGUCGUUUAUUACAUGCAAGCAUUUCUGUAACAUUUUAUUAUUAAUUUUAUGUUCUAUUUUUAGUAUUAUCAGAUGCAUUUUUUUAAAAAAAGAAAAUUUUCAUUGUCAUAUUUUGAAUCACUGUCGUCAUCUUGGUUCAGCACUUUUGCUUCCAAGUGGUCACAUUUGAACUGUGUUUCUACAUGCUUUUUUUUUUCUUUUUUUAAAGAAGAAGAAAAUAAAUAGGAAUCUUUGACUGAC